CAGGUCCGCGCCCCGGUUGCACAGGCGGGCAGGGCGGGGUGGGCGCCGACGCCCCUCGGCGGCCGGCCCUCGGCGCGACUCCGCACAGGGCCCUGCAGGAAGCGCGCGCUGAUUGACAGCUGCGCUGUCCCAAAAAGGCUCCGCGAAGAUGCUGAUCUGCGGGUGGGUCUAGACGCGCGGCCGGCACGCCCGGUGCCCGCUCCCCUCCGCGCGCCUCCCGAGCCCCGCUGCCUCCCCGGCUGCCCAGGAGCCGGGCUGAAGCUCCCGCGGGCGCCAGCCCCUGCGGCCCCGGCCGGCCGGGCACUCGCAGCCGCGCUCGGGCCGGCGGGCGCUCGCCCCGGCUCACCAUGCACUGCCACGCGGAGCUGAGGCUGAGCUCGCCCGGCCAGCUCAAAGCAGCCAGGCGGCGCUACAAGACUUUCAUGAUCGACGAGAUUCUCUCCAAGGAGACCUGUGACUACUUUGAGAAACUUUCCCUCUACUCCGUGUGCCCGUCGCUGGUCGUGCGACCCAAGCCCCUGCAUUCCUGUACCGGCCCCGCUUCCCUUCGGGCAUAUCCUCUCCUCUCAGUGAUCACCCGACAGCCCACGGUCAUCUCCCACCUGGUCCCUGCCACCCCGGGAAUCGCCCAGGCAUUGUCCUGUCAGCCAGUGGCCACCAAGGCUGCCUCUGCUGAGGCCCUGGGCGGCGAGGCUGCGGGCAGCAGCGAGUCGGAGACAGAGCAGCCCACGCCCCGGCAGAAGAAACCCCGCCGGAGUCGCACCAUCUUCACUGAGCUGCAGCUCAUGGGCCUAGAGAAGAAGUUCCAGAAGCAGAAGUACUUGUCCACCCCAGACAGGUUGGACUUGGCCCAGUCUCUGGGACUCACUCAACUGCAGGUGAAGACUUGGUAUCAGAACCGCAGGAUGAAAUGGAAGAAAAUGGUUCUUAAAGGUGGACAGGAAGCGCCCACAAAACCCAAAGGUCGUCCCAAGAAGAACUCCAUCCCCACAUCGGAAGAGAUUGAAGCUGAAGAGAAGAUGAACAGCCAGGCCCAGAGGCAGGAGCACCUGGAGCCCUUCCAGGGAGAGGAGCUCUGUGACACACAGGAACCAAAAGCAUGCCACGUCCCCUUAGAGGCAGCAGAGCCCCCAGGCCAGCCCCAGGAGUUGCCAGUAGCCUCUACGGAACCCCCGCCAUCAAGCUAAAAUACAACUCUUUUGGGGGAAGGGGGAGACUGGGAAGGAGGGAAAGAGAGAAGGCAGGGAGAAUAGGGAGAGAGAAGCUUCCCAAAGCCUGCUCAACUGGGAGAGAAGAGAUCCGCCGCUCCCCUGCCUCCCACAGGUCUCACUGGCCUUUUCCUCACAAGCAUUUGAGGAAGACUUGCCUGCCUUAGGCCUUUCUCUUCCUGAAAGGCUGCUUUAGCCACGGGAUGCCCUCGAGGAAGGGAGACAGUGCCUUGGAAUUGCCUGCCCCAGCUGGGGUGAUGGCUGCGGGGCUGGGUACAAGAAGCCCGUCCAUGUCACAAGGCCCACCGUGGUGCGGUGGAGGAUCACUCUGGCUCUCUCCCUGCCAGCCUCUGGGCCACCAGUCCUCAAAGCAGAGAGAGGCAGAGCAGCUUGGGCAGCACGCCCAGGUUCCUUGCUGACUCAGCACUUAUUUCUAUAGUUUUAAAAGAGAAUUUAAUGUUUUUGGUUGUUGUUUUGUUGGGGGGGGGGUGAGGGUGGGCAAAAAGGAGUUGGGAGAAGGGAGUUCUGAGUGAUUAGAAUUGUUUCUGAAUAAGGUUGGUUUGUUUGAAGACGUGUGCCUUUGUCCCCAUUAUAAGAUGGUCAGGUGACCCAAGAACUGAUAAGCCUCGUUUUUCUUGCUUCAUUAAGUUGCCAUCCCUGAAGCUGCCAUGCAGAUAUGUUAAGAUAACUUUUAUUUUUUAAUUAAAAAUAAAUCUUUCAAAAGGA